AUGCCUCAGCCAAGCCCACUUAUUUGUGCUCUAAAAAGUGAUUCAGAGUUCAGCGAAGCGACGCCAAAAACCAAGAUGGAGCCGCGGCGGCGGAAAAGGAAGGGCGGGGGACGGGCCUCCUGGGGUGCCGCCCCUCCACACGCCCUCCCGUCUGCCGAAAGCCACCUCAAACGCGGAAUUGGCGCAGCCUCGAUGGCCGGACGAAGCCAGCCGACUCCUGCCUCAAGCGCACGCUCAUCUUCUUUCUCUCCUGUUUGUUUGGAGUCCCACGGACGGGCUAUAUCUCCUCGGCAGUCCUCCUCGCGCAGGUGCCCUCGAUCGACAUCCGCACACGCGUCAAGUUUACGGCCUUCCUCGCCUGCGUCUCCCGCGACAGGAGGCUCCCAGCCACGCCCGGUAGGCCGACGAGGCGCCGGCGCAUCCGCGCGCAAUGAGGCUGCCUCCCACCCCCCUUUUACAUCCUCUGCCCCCGCGGCCCCCCGCUGCGCUGCCACGCGCCGGCCGUUCUCCCAGACUCGCGGGUCUUCCGGUGAAACGGCUGGCCGUUCCUCUGCGGCUCCGCUGCCGCGGGCUCCAGUUUUGUUUUCGCCUCCGCCUGUGUCUGCCUCUCUCGCCUCCUUUUCUGCGCCAUUCAGGGCUUCGGCUGCGCCUGCGCCGUCGUCUCCUCGCACACGCCUGCCGUCGCCGGAUGCUGACCAGCGGGCGCCCGCCGGCGCAGAGAGAAAGCCGCGGGGAGGCGCGCGUCUGGGGCUCCUGAAGGCGGUGGCCGCGGGGGCGGCCAGAGCCCACCGAGCCAAGCUUCGCACAGCUCGCUGCGACGCUGAAUCUCCACCCGUGGGGGCUUCAGGGGACGCGAGUCCGCAGGCGCCCCCCGCCACUGAGCUGUACGUGCCGCUUGCAGCCUCGGACGGCGUCUCGGGGCUGUCUGUAUCCUGUUCUUCUCCGUGUGCGCUUCCGCAAGCUGCGUCGCCGCUCGCGUCCUCCGGGCCUUCCUCGGCGUUGCCAGCGUUUUGCGCGGCAGCCUCGAGCGGCGAGGCUGAGGCACGCGCGAAUGACCCCAGCGAGCUCAGUGGCGACGGCCAAGGAGAGACAGGGACUCUUGGGCAGCGGGAAGAGCAGCCUGAAAGCCUGAGGAAGCGCGCGUCCGCGGCGUGGCCGCCAGGCGCCGUGGAGACGCGCUCACCCGAAGAAGCUGAGCGCGCACGCCGCAGCGCCUCCGCGCAGCGGGAGCUCUGCGAUGGGAGCGGUGCGGAUCACCAUGCUACGCGGCGCAGAAAGAGGAUGGCGUCUUCGCGAGGAGACGCUGAGGAUGCAGGAAACCAGGCUGCGCGGGAGAUCGCGGGUGAAUGCGGGCCGGCGAGCGAGGAAGCGAGACUGGCUGACACAGAAAAGCAAGAAGUGCAGAGACAGACGGCCGCGGAUGCAGGGGCGCCUGAGGAAGGCCGCAAGACCGCAGAGGCACGACAAGGAAGGCACACUCGAGACACGAGGGAGGGCGGCGGAGCCUACAGGACGCGUGCAGAGGAUUUUGAGAGCGAGCCGCGAUCCUGUGACAGCGAGCGAUGCGCAGUCGGAGGGAUUCUGAACGCCAGCGUCAGCGCGGCGAGCGGCAUAAGGGCGGAGCCAGGCGACAGAGAGGAAGCGGCAGGCGCGUCCCCGGCGACGGAGAGAAGAGGCUGGGGCGAGGAGGCGAAGAGACACGGCGCGCGGCUCGCGCCAGGCCUCGAAGCCACAGCCGCAGACACACGGGAGACAGAAGCGCGCCCGGGAGAUGAGGACGCGUCGCUGGACACACAGCGCAGACAGAGGGAGGCCGUCCCCGCGAGCAAGGCAGAGUCGGCGAGGGGCGGCUGCUCGGCUGAAGGCGCCAACACACAGAGACGAGCAGACAGUGGACACGCGGAAGACAUGCGCUGCGUCGACAGCCCAGCGCAAAUAGAAUCUGUGCUUCCCGAUACCGAGGAAGAAGGCCCUCGAAUGCGAAUUGAAGCUGAGAGACCGAGCGCAAGCGCAGCGCAGACACUGCCUUCAGGCUCUCCGCGCUUCCCGGCGAAUCACCCCCUGUCCUCAUCUCCCUCUGCCGUCUCUCCGCUGCCUGCGCACCACUCUUCUCUGCGCCCCUCUUCCUCGGAUUCCUCGCCCUUCGCCUCCGAUUCAGCUCCGUCGCCUCUGUAUCUCCUUCCCUUUUCGUCUUUUUGUGCGACGACGGCGAACGCCGCGCCUGCCCGGCGUUCAAGCGUUCAUCCGCGGCCGUCGCCUGCGUCGCACCCCUCCGUGGCGGCUGUGUCGCUUUCGUCGGCGCCGCCUCGUCCGCUUCUUCCGCCCGCCUUCCCGCCUGCGGGUGCGUCUUCUCUUCCUGCCUCGGCGUCGCCUGUGCGGUCUCCGGCGUGGCCCUUGACUAGUUGCCCAGCAGCUCGUGCCGCGCCCUGUCUUCGCUCGCGGCCGGCUUCUCCGCCUUCGUCGCCCUGCGGCGACCAACCGCUGCCUUUCUCCGCUUGGCUGGCCUCGCAUCACGCGAAAGCGCUCUUCGGCGGAGACGAUUCCGCCUCGUGUUUCAGCCCUGCGCCUCCGCGCCAGAGCGGUAAAGCCGCCGCGCCCCCUGUCGCUGUGGCGGCGUUCGAGUCCCCACCGCCGGCGCCCGACUGCGGCUGGACAUGGGCGGUCCGCCCCAGGGCGACGUCGAAUCCUCCCGCGCCCCACGUGACGCAGAGCCCAUGCGCCGCUGCCGCUCAGCUGUCCCCGACUUGCAGACAGAGCGACAGGGCGACGGGAGAGUCCUUGCAGGCCGCGACCGCGGCGGAAGCAAAAGGGGAGCAGGCGGCUCCACGCGCCCCGGGCACGGAGGAAAGCGCGGACGGGGGAGACACGCUGAACGGAAGAGUCACCGAAGAAGCCGCAGGCGAGGAAGGAACGAGCGGCCUCACCGGAGGCGGGGAAACGACUUGGGAAGGAGCGGGCGCCGCAGACAGAGACGAGGAGGGCCUCAUGAAAGAAUAUACACAAAGUGAGAAGGCAGAAUGCGAGACUGCGCUCGCGAACCGAAACGAGGCUGCACAUGAAGAAAACUGCUGCCGCGUGGAAGAGGAGGAAUGCGGAGAGGGUUUAGGGUUGAGGGCGGAUGAGGAAUUUGAACGGGAGGGCGAGAGUGCAGAGUGUCUCGCGCAGGGCAAAGCAGUGAAUGAGCUACGUGGCCUUCUUACUGGUCGAUCAAACCGCGGAGACGCCGGCGCCCGACAGCCCUCCAGGGCCCUGAGUGGUGACUGCGAGGGAGAGCGAGAGAAGGGACGCCAGCAAGAGCAAAAUGGACACGGCGGCGAGGUCGAGCCACCAAAGAGCAGCGAAAGCGCGGCCCCGACGGACGCCGAGGUGUGCGACGCAGACAAGACCGUGAACACCCGCGAUCUCCACCGAGCCACGCAGAAACGAGACGCACGCGCCGGCGCACGGGUGGUGAUAAGACAGCUGCCUCACCCCUGCAGACCUGCGCCGGUCGGCAGUCCACGAGGCUGCCCAACCACAGGUGAGAGCGAAGCUUGCCAAGACCCGAGGACAAGAGAUGAGGCUGUGGCCGUGACGCGAGAGGCUCGGGCCGUAGAGGAGUGCGGCCCCUGUAAGGCAAUCAAGGUUCCUCUGCAUGCGUCGGGUUGCGCGUCCGCUGGCGCGUCGGCGUCGUCGUCCUGUGUCGUUCUGUCUCGCUCCCGCGCCGCGCCGGCGUGGGCCGCGGAGACAGGGUUGUGCGCGGAGGAAGGCGCGGAAACGGAGGCGCGCCCAGAGGCCCGCCAGGCGCAGGCUUACCGCGGAGCCCCGGAGGGUGGCAGCGCCGAAAAGGACAGCCGGGAGGGUGAGGCCGCCGACGCGACGCAGAGCAGAGAGUCCGAGCCUGCAUCACAGGCGUGCCCAGUCGACAGCGCGCUGUCGAGUCAGACACCGGAAGAGGACGCAGGCGGGGGGGAGCGCGGACCCGACGAGAUCGACUCGCGCGACAGAGAGAGCGGCGCAGAGUGCGCUGGGCGUUUGAGUGCGCCCGUGGAGGCGCCCAGCCAGGCUGCAGAGAGGGCAUGCUUGCUCGCAGCUACGGACACGCAGGAAGGAGGCGACAGCGAAGCAAGGAGAGAAGCAAGCACGCGCACUAGGGAAGUCUCUGCGACAGGCGAAGCGCGCGGAGAGGCGGAAGACGUUUUGGCGCGGACUUCGCGCUCGGCACAUUCCGCAAAACACCCUCUGGCCGUCGAGCAGGAGAAAUGCACAGGGGGAGAACCGCGGGAAGUCGUAGGAGACGGAGAGGGAUGCGCGAGGGAAGAGCGAGAAGCGGCCUGGAGCAAGCCUAGCGACUUGGGGACGCGGAGGGACAGUGCCCUCGUCCCAGGGGGCGAGGAGGAGGCGUGGCGCGGAGAGAAGACUGCGCUUGUGCGGGAGCUAGCGUCGCUGAAGGAGCAGAAUGCGGCUCUUGAGCGCGACGUUGCGCGGCUGCGAUUCGAACUCGCGGCGAGGGGCGCCUCUCGCGAAAUUCCGGAAGAUACGGGGCCCGCCGAAACAGUACCAGCGCCCGCCGAAACAGCACCAGCGCUCGCCGAGGCCGACGGCGUCUCCCAGCCGAGACCGCCGGCCACUCGCAGCGGGCCCAGCCGCCUCAGCGAUUUGCAGCGGGAUGACGCCGCCGCCUCUGGCGACGCAUGCGGGUUGCCUCGAGGAGCUGCGGAGACGCAGAGAGCCGCCGUCCGGCGCGAGACGCUUCCGGAAGGCGUCACCGCGCGGUGUCUCUCGCUCGGGCCUGCGGAGUCGCGCGCGAUUGCGGGCGCCAGCAAAUGCACAUGCGACGUAGGAAUCCAGACGGAGACCUCCACACCGGUGGUCCCUGCGGCUCAAGAGGUCGCAGGCGGCGUCCUUCCGCGUCCCUCGGCCUCUUCGCCAGCUUCGUCGCCCGCGUCCGCGACCGCGGGACGCCCGUGCCCUCGUCCGCGCCCGCCGGGGCCACCGCCUCGAGGCCAGAAACCCUCGGGUCCUCGCGCGCUCCGCGCUGGGCUGUCUGCUUCAGCUGCGUCGACUCCGCGCGUGCCCGCUCGUGCGUCCCUCGCCGCGGAUGCAACGCCCGCCGCUCUCAAGGCCUGGGGCUGCUGCGUGGAUCGGAAGCGCCUCCCGUCGCUGGCGACUCUCGCGGGUCGGGCCGCGGUCGGAAGGGACCAAGAGGCCGCGCGUAAGCGAGGGGGAGGGAAUCCUAUACUCUCAGGCGAAGCUCCGCCUGGCUGCGGGGCGGACGCCAGAGGUGACAGCGCGGUCGCGCUGCCAGGAGAGUUCACAGGACACGUCGCACAAGCCCACGACGGGGCGGAGUCCGUGUUCUGGCUCGCUCGAGCCGGCCCCCUCGUGACGCAUCUCGCGUGCCUCGAGGCGCUCGGCCGACGCGGUUUAAGUAUAGUUGGAGACCGCAGCGAGGCGCGGGCAGGGGGUGCCGCUUACUCAGACGCAGAGCGGCGGAGGCGCCGCCAGGAUCGCGAACAGGAGGCCUCGCCCUCUGCUCCCGCCGCGGCUUUGUGCCUCGCUGGUCCUCGCUCAAGGAGUACAGAGGCUUCCGGUCGCUUCGGCGCCAACGCAGAGGGCGCGAGCCUCGAGCUUUCGAGAGCGAGAAAUUCCGGCGGAAAUGGGUUCAAGCGACUGCCUCAGAAGGACGCGGUGGUGCAGGACUUUCUUCACGCCUUAGGCCCCUCAAUUUUCGCGGCAUCCGGUAGCCCACCCCCCGCGGUUGUCGCUGCGGCGAAGCAGCUGCGCUCGCUCCUUCGUCCUUCUCUGCCGGCUGGAGGAAAGAAGCAGAACACGGUAGAUCAUGCAUGUCCUCAGCUCGCAGGGUCUGGGCUGGGUCCGGCACUCGCCGGCUCCCUGCGAGGCGCCGGGCCCGUGGGGGGUGUAGGCCUCCCGGACCUCGCGGGGGCGCAGACCCAAGCCGAGGCCCGCCGGGGUGCAGCGGACGCUAAGGAUGGAGAGCGCACAGAGGCAGAGGAGGGCGCUGACACGCCAGAGGACAUUAUAGCUCAGCGAAAAUGCUCUCUCUCGCCUGCGCUAAAGAAGACGAUCGGGAUUUUUUUGUCUGCGAUUCGGAGGGCAGCCACAGACAAGUCGCGCUUCCUUGAGGCUUUCCAGGAGCAGCUGCUCUCGUGCUCCCUCAAGUCUGCGCACAUCGACCUGAUCCUCGACGUGAUCCCAGAUUUGGGCAUUGAAGGCUCGGAGAAGCAGGCGCUCUGGAGGGAAGGCGAAAAGGCGCUCGCCAGCAGUCUCGAGGGCGUUGCCGCGAAGCUCCGCCGCCUCGGGCUCGCUGCGUCCCUGCCCCUCGCGCUGCCCCUCUCUGACGAAGAGAAACUUGUCCAUAUUGUCUUUUCAUUCGAGAGCUUGCGCAGACGCGUCGAGCUGCUGCAGUUUCUCAGCGAGAAGCACCUCCACCCUCUGCUUGCAUCCUAUUCGGCGCGCAUCCGAGUCAAGCUGGAGGCGCUGCAGCUCCUGAGGGCGAAGGCGCCCGCCCUGCGUCUCCUUUUUGCCAAUCUCCUGGCGACAGUCGACAUCCUCAACCGAGAAGAGGAGGCGAACAACCCGCCAGAAGGUGAAGAAGCUCCCCACUCUUGCGAGCUGGAUGUCGCCGACGCGGGCGGAGGCAGAGAGAAUCGAGGCAAGAAGCGCCUGAGAGGAGAGGAAUAUCCCCAACAAGAAGCGGAUGUGAUGACGCGGCCUGCGUGGUUCCGGUGGUCGGUUACGCUGCGCAAGGUUGAGGAAGGCGAGAAGGGCAGCGCGUCGCUGUGGGUGAGCCCUGCGAGGACUGCAGCACACGAUGAACAGAAGACAGAUCAAAAGAUUCAGUCGCGAGGAGUUUUUGCUGCAGAUCGCCGAGUGUCGCCUCUGCUGAGGUCCCUCGCCGCUCACUCAGGACGCAUUUUCGAUGCGGGCGAACUCUUGCUUCUUAAGCGCGCUGCUGAGCAACCGGUUGAGAAUCUGCUCGCAGACGUCUCGGGGCUCGUCGCGGCGCUCCGCGGGCUCGCGUGGGCGGUGCGGCUUCUGCGGAAAAAGAAACAUCCUUCGGAGCCGGCGGACAAGGUAGACUUCCGCGCUGGGGCCGAUACCGCUGACACUCAGCUUCCAGCGGCACGCUUUGAAGGUCAGCCCACCCACACUCUGACAGAGACAGGCGGAGAGACGGCGAACACGGCGCAGCCACAGCCCUCCGCCGCCGCGGGCCCCGGCGGAAGCCUCGGCCCAGGCGGAGGUGCACGGUCGCCGGAGCCCGCUCUCGGCAGCACUCCUGUCCCUGCGUGGUGCGUGGUGCACAUUGCACAAAAGUUGGAGACGUGCCUGGAGCGUCAGUCUCUUUCGUGGCCUGAGGCGCCGCGUCCGGCAGACGCGUUCCUGCCGCACCUCGAGGCAACGCUCUCCGCUCUGGUGACGUCGCACGUGGAGCCUCUUCUGUCGCUCUCGCUGGAGCUCGCGUACCGCUACACGCUCACGGCGCUUUGGAUGGGGGACCCCGACCCGUUUCUUCCGCUUGCUGCGCCUGCGAAACACCCCUCGUCGACCGCCUCCUCCGCCUCCCCCUCUGAGUCCGCCCCAGCGUUGCCUUUACUCCUCGGCGAAGCGAGAGCCGCGCUCUGCGCGGCUCUCUUGCCGCCGCUGCAGGCGAGCGCGGCGUCGAGCGCGCAGAGUGGCACGCGCCAGAAUCUUUUCGCCCUGCUUCUCCAGUUCUUCGAAACGUACCACAAGGCGGAGGAGAGCGUCGCCUGCGAGCUGUUGCGGCACGCGCAGCCGGAGCCGCCCGCCGGGGCGCCGCCGCUGCCGCUGUGGAGGAGGCGAAAGCGCCAAGAGUCCGAGCUAACGAACGGCCAGGGGGAGACGGGGGGAAGAGGCUGCGGCGGAUGGAAACGCGGCGACCCCGCUGGAGGCGAAGAGACGCCGCGCCGGAGGAUGCCCACGCGGUUCGCCUCGCCACCGAAGGCCAGCGGAGAAGGCGGAGAAGAGAACGGAGCGGCAGCCACGCAGGAGAGCACGAAGCCUCGCAGCGAGGAGACAAAGGCCCUCCCGGGCGUGUCCUCGAGUCGCGACGGCGACAAGCCUCUUCUUUCGGCGUCCACGCCCUGGAGCGCGGCAGCCAAGCGCUUGCGGUCGCCGGCCGCGUCCCCUCUCGCGCUGCCGCAGUUCUCUCUCUCUCGGCCGCUGCCUCCUCAUCCGAUGGCGUCAGCCGCCUCGGGCCCGUUGUCGUUUGGCGUCUCCUCGCCGCUCGUGAAGAGAAUAAAGGUCUCGAGCCUCGGCGCGCGGACCACGCCCCUGUUUGCGCUCAGACGCUCAGGAGCCGGAAGGGGCAAGGAGACACGCGAUUCCGCGCUCGCGCCGCCCUCACCUGCGUCGGGGGUGGCCGCGGAGGCUGUCUCUUCGUCAGCCGUGGGGACCUCCCCCUUACACGAGAGACCCCUGCACGGAGGGCGCCUGCGCGUGGGCUCGCUUUUCCCCUCUGCCGCCGCGCACGCGGCGCUCUCCUCUGCCGCAGCGACGCAUGGAAAGAAGGCCAGCGACGCAGAGGGCAGAGACUCAGGCACCGGGGGCGGAGACGCAGAAGGCGCGCCUUGCGCGCUGGAGCCUGGACGAGGGAGGGCUGCCGAGAGCGAAGCCGCGGGACAGCUUAGUGACGGCGCGAGAGAGCGAGGCGAGAGCGAGAGAGGCGCAGAAAGCGCCGGCGAAAAGGAGGGUGACAAAGACGAGCGAAGCAAGGAUCAAGAGAGACGCGGGCGCGUGCUGGCUGGGGCGGCGGAGGGUUUCGCUGGAAGUCACGGCGAGAACGCGAGCUCGGGCGCGCCGGCCCCACCUGAAGCGCAAAAGAAAGCGGACGAGUACAGCGCGGGACUGGACGGGAGUGCGCAGAGGCCAGAGGAGACGCACUCGAGGGCGAUGCAGAGCGCUGCGGCCCGCAGAAACAAACGCGAGGGCGGAGACAGCGAGGAGGCGGAGGAAGAGGCGAGCGCGCCCCUGCGUUUGCCUGGGCGAUGCGCUGAGAAAGGAGGCACGCAGGUCGAAUCGCCGCUGCGCGUCUCUCCGCUCGCGGAGCCGACCCACGUGCUCCCCCCGUGGGCGGACUCCAUCGCCGAGCUGACGAUGCGCCGACGGCGAAAGGAGGCCCUCGAGCCGCGAGCGAGAUUUGACCUGAGCAAGGCUGACACGCCCAGCGAACUCCUGCGAAGAGAGGGAAGCUCCCAGGAUGUCGCACAGAGGCGAGACAACGAUGAAAACUGCGACAACGGGCAAAGCUUAGUUCACGCUGAGCGCCAGACUCCGCGCGUCGUCUUGUACCCCGCUUCGCCCUGCGCGCCCUCCUUCGGCGCCGGAGGAAAGGCGGACGAUGCAUGCAGGCUGCGGUCGCCGUCUUUUGGCCUGGGUGCGACGGAGAGAGUCGCCGCAGGCCGGUCUCCACGCGAAAUACACGAGGGUUCGGGGCAGGGCUGGGCGUAA